AUACACUAAACGGGCUUUUAUUUUUACAGGCUCUACCGGGAGAUUGAGUGUCGACCCCACAGACCGUUUGACAUUAGAGCUCGACUGCCUCGCGCACCCCGGAGACAUAUCAGCAUUGACAGGCGAAUCAAAGACUAAUUGUCACGACUGUCACGGUCACUCUCUGUCAAUACUAUGCGGAUUAUCUCGGAAUCAUUAUGACCGGUCGGGGCCCGAGAACUGUCGGCUCAUGCGGACACACGGGCAACCGUUCAGCUGGUAACGUAUUUUUCUCUCCCUACGUUCGGUUUUCGUGCAUAGACGCACGAGCGCUUUCGCGUUGCUGAACAUGUCAACCGCAUCGCGGCGCGACAUUUGACACUUGAUUUCCCGACGUAAAACACCAAAUUGUUGACCAAAGUCGCAGCAAUGGCUUCGGCGAUGGGUUGCUUCGGCGGUCCCGAGGUCCUGGAGGACGUCAAUCACGCGCGGGGUCUGAUGGACGAGCUCAAACUGCUGUACGACUGCCGGCUGCUCGGUGACGUCACCAUCCGGGUCGAGUGUGACGAGGAGCCGCCGGAGCACGGCGGGGGGGCGGCCGCGGGCGACGCUGACCCGCUUUUCCUGUGCAGCCGCAACGUGCUCGCCGCCGCCAGCCCUUACUUCAAAAGCAUGUUCACCGGGGGGCUGAACGAGAGCGCGCAGGAGAGGGUGGUCAUCCGCGGCGUGGACCCCGAGUCCAUGGCCGUCAUCGUCGACUACUGCUACACGGGCCGCGUGACCAUCACGGAGGGCAACGUGCAGCGUCUGUACGCGGCGGCCAACAUGCUGCAGCUGGAGUACAUCAGGAAAGCCUGCUCCGGCUUCAUGACGAGGAGGCUGGACCUCUCCAACUGCGUGGGGGUGCUGAAGUUCGCAGACACGUACGGCAACCCGGGACUCAAGGGGAACGCGCAGGCCUUCAUUGCCAGGAACUUCGGCCAGGUGUGCAGCGGAGGGGAGCUCAGCGAGCUGGACCUGACGCAGCUGAGGGAGAUGCUGUCCCUGGACACCUUGGACGUGGACUGCGAGAGGAAGGUGUGCUCCGCCGCCCUGCAGUGGAUCGAGGCCAACGCGCUGCUGAGAAGGGACGAUGCCAUGCUGGCGCUGAAGUGCGUGCGCUGGAAUUUGUUCACGGAGAAGGACAAGUGUUACCUGGAGGGCCUCAUGGCCAGGCCUUUGAUCGAGAAAUACCUGGCGUCUUUCUACAAAGGGUCGGCGGAGGACAGCUGCGGGACGCCCCCCGCGGCUCCGGACGCGCCGAAACACCGGGUGGGUGUGAGCGCCAAAGAGAUGAUCCUCUUCUUCGGCCUGCCUAACGACAACAUCAUGUGCUGCGACCCUUACUCGGAGGACCUGUACUUCAUGGCCCCUCCGCUAGAGGACCUCAGCAGUCAGGAUUACAAGCGCUCCACCAUGGAGUCCCUGAUCGCCUGCGCCGCGCCUGAUAACAACCUGUACCUGGCCUCCCACCUCUCCAAGCACUUCUGGCUGUACAACCCUGUGCUCAACAGCUGGCAGGAGUUGGCAGAGAGGCCGCUGGGCAGGAUACACUCAGGGAUGGGAUACCUCAACGGCCACGUGUACCUCCUGGGGGGGCGCAAUCCCGUGACCGACGCCAGGCUGAAGGAGGUGGAGUGUUACAGCGUCCAGAGGGACCAGUGGACGUUCGUGGCCCCUCUGCCUCACUCUCUGGGGAAAAUGCAGGUGGUGGCGCUGAACGACCACCUGUACGUGGUGAACAAACGGAGGAUGCUGUGCUACGACUCCAAGAGGAACCGCUGGCGCCACUGCGGCUCGCUCAGGAGGGACAAGCUCCACAAGGCCUGCGUGUACCAGGACCAGAUCGUGUGUGUGUGCGACAUCCCGGUGGUGAAGGCCUACAGCCCCGCCAGAGGGGAGUGGAAGAGGCUGGGCGACAUCCCCAUCGACAGCCGCGCUCUCAAUUACCAGGUGAUCCAGCACAACAGCAAGCUGCUGCUGCUCACUCAGACUCUGCUGCAGCACAACAAGAACCGGGUCCUCAUCCACGAGUACGACCCGGCCCGGGACGCCUGGAAGAACAUCAUGGCAGUGUACGUGUCCACCUUGGGGCCCGUGUGCGUUUCGACGCGCGUGUACCCGACGUGCCUGGGCUCGGCGCACAGCUUCUCUACAGAGGAGGACGACGACAGCGGCUCGAGCGCCGACUGGGACUUCGACGGGUUGACGGACGCCGACUCGGACUCCGGCAGUUCGAGCUCGUUCUCGGACGAGAACUGGUAGUCGGAGAGAAAGUUUGUUCACGAUGUUGUAGGUUGAACAGGGUUCUGUCUGCCAGGAGAGAAGAUAAGCCCGCCCUUUACAGUUGAAGCACUAAUCCGUCACAAUCUUGAGUUUGCAUGGACGGUGUCUCGUCUCCUGUCCAGAUUAUGAGCAUUCAGAAAUGCCAACCGACGAGGCUUUUGUUGUUUCCCUUCAUAUCACGGGCUGCCAGCCUGAAGGACAGAAUGAUGCCCAGUCGAACCGACAACAAUAAAGCUCCGCCCACGGUCAUAAUGUAGCACAUUGAUAAGGGCAACAGGGUGAAUGAUCACUAUAGAGAUUAAUCAUUUCACUUUCAUUAAAGCAGUACAGGCGGUUUCCUAUGCCGGACCAUAGGAACGAUUUGGAAUCAAAAUGAAGGGGAUUAGCUUUAAGCAGAAACAUUUGAACCAGGUGUGUGCGUGCGCGUGUGUGUACCUGUGCUCUGCCUGCAGUGACGAAGUCAAAAAGUCUGUAAACAAGGUCUGUGAUUCUGCAAAUUGUUGAACUACAGUUUGGUCUCCACUUAGUCCAUAAUGCGACUGGUGCGUUUGGAGCUACAGAAGACUAAUGCGAGUGGCUGUAAUAAAGACAUUUGUGACGGAAAUAUAUAUAGACUUUAUUUAGCGUAAAUUAAUGAGCACUCCCUGCUUGUGAUUGGUGCAGAAGAGCGACUGUGAAUUCUUUUGGAUACCUGGCUGUGCGAGUGCCUAAUGUUUAUACUUCCUUUAACGUGACAUUUACAGGGCUUUAAACCUUCCUGUCUUCUUUUUCUUUUUUUUUUUUUAUACAUGUAUGUAGUCAAUGCGCAGCAGGUGCAUCGUAUGGUACACGCACUCAGGUUGAGGCUUCAGCACAAGUCCGAUGCCAUGAUUUACUUUUUCUAAUGCAGUACAAAUUACGUGCUUUGAGUGAACAUUGAAUUACACUUGUUUCAAACAGUUUUAUGGAUCCUAUGUAUGUGUUUCUUAUCGACGAUGUUGAACUUUAUGUCUAUUUUACGAUCGGUAAUCUUAAAUGUUCCACAUGGUUUUUUUUAAGUAUUGUUUGGUUCUGAUGUUUCAGUUUGUAGCAAAGCCAUCGUCCUCCCCACACACGCCAGUUUAUUAGAGCUGUUUCUAGUGGAAACAGUCAUAGAAGAUAGUAGACAACAUGUUAGAAUCACAUCUCGGACAUUGCAAACUACAGCCUCAUGAAUCACCAAGUGUAAUCCAGACCUGUGUUACUACGACCUGCUUGGCUUAAUGAAGGUUGGAUUAAUGACGGGGUGUUGUGAGCCAUUAGCUGCUCCUAAUAAACUGGUAAAAGAGUGCAGUUCUCAAUGUUGUCCCUUUUGUAUGCUGGGUAGUUGAAGUGUUACGUUUUUGUGCGUGCGUGCGUGUGAAGGGUGAUUGUCAGUAGUAGCACACAAGGACCGAAUUAUAAAACGGUUUUGGUUCAUGUGUCAAAUAAACACGUUUCAGAAAAGGA